AUGAAGCUCACUACCAUCAUCAGCGUUGUUGUAUUCGCUGUACCACAGUUUGCGUUCGCGCAAUUAUCGGACUUCGAUGACUGGGAACACGAGCGCAUCCAGCUUGACGACGUCUCAAUCCACUUUCGAUACCACGGUGAAGGACCGCCCGUCCUGCUCGUGCAUGGCUUCCCCCAGCACUCGUUGACGUGGCAUACCAUUGGGCCCAUUCUGGCGCAGAACUACACCGUAAUCGCCCCAGAUAUCCGCGGAUGCGGAGACUCGUCUAUCCCCACUUCGAAGAACUACACCGCUGCAGCCGCGGGCGCAGAUCUCAAAGCCAUUCUAGACUACCUCAACAUCUCAUCCACAUACGUCUUCGCGCACGACAAAGGUGUUGGACUAGCGACAUCUCUCGCUAUCGAACACCCUUCCUUCGUUAAAGCUAUCAUACUCGCUGAAUACGUUCUCCCAGGAUAUGGAUAUCCUUUGACCGUUCAGAGUCCUAGUUUAUAUCAAAACUGGCAGCUCGCCUUCUUUGCGGUACCUGAUGCAGCGGAGUUCUUCAUUCGGGAUCGCGAGAAACAGAUGUUGAGCUGGUACUUUUUCCACGCGAGUUAUUCUGGUACGGCGGCUGUGAGUGAAGACCACCUGCAGCGGUAUACGAAUGAGAUUGCGAAGCCGGGGUUCUUGAGAAGCGGUAUGGAGUAUUUUGCGGCGGCAUGGGAUGAUGAGGCGUACUUUACUUCCGUGUUUGGCAGUGAACUUAGGUUGCAGAUGCCGUUGUUGGCGUUGGGUGGUGAGGCGAGCUUUGGGCCUGUGUCGCUGCUGGAACAGGUAUGGUCGCAGAUCGGCGAUGACCUUGUUGCUGAGUUGAUUCCGAAGGCUGGGCACUGGAUUGGCGAUGAGAAUCCUAUUUGGACUGGUAAUCGUGCCUUACGCUUCUUUAAAGAAGCUGGGGAGGUGAGCAGUGUUGAUCUGUCCUACCUCAAAGACCAAGUGACUCUGCAAGGUGGUACCAUCUGA